UCCUCUUUUCUCGCUCCGUUGAGCCCUAACCGGAGCGUCGUCCUCCAACCCCACAGACCGGACUCCGCCGCCAUCCCCUCCCUUCUCCCACAUUUCCUCCUCCCCACCCACGCACUUGCUCGUCUGCGUUGAUCCAGAGGGCGGCGUGAUGGCGCUGAGGGGCGUCUGGCAGCUGCAGAAGCUUGUGGUGAACUACUGCGACUGGGGAGGGAGCAGCAGGGGAAUCAGGGCUUUUAUGGAGUCACAUCUUCCAGCUUUAAAGGAAAAGAAUCCCCAGUUAGAGGUAGUGACACAGCUUGUCCGUGGUCAGCAUCCUAACUUGAAGGGCGUUUACAAAAACCAUAACGAGAGAGUGGUUUGUGUUAGAAAUUUAGCACCCGAGGACAUCAUGUUGCAGGCCAGUAGGCUAAGGUGUUCUCUGGGCAGGAAAGUGGUGAAGCUGAGAACGAGACACGUGACGAAACGGCCUAGUGUCCAGGGGACAUGGACGACGGAGCUGAAGAUGUGAGUCAAAGUUCCAAGACAGACUGUUGCAGUGUUCCUGUUAAACUGUUUGAGAUCUAUGGCAAGAACUCUGCUGCUAUUAGACCUACCUUUUGUCAGUAGUUACAGUUUGAUUCGGUGCCCCCCCUUCUUUUUUUUUUGUCUGAGACAUAAUAAUCUGAUAAUAUCAUGUAACCGUGGGAGGUUCUUGUUAGCGAUGUCGGUCUGCCAGAUCCAGGCGGCGAAUGUGAUCUUAGACCAUCAUCUUCCUUGAACUUGUCAGGAUAGCAAAUUUGAUCUGAGUGGCUCUGCAUGCAAUGAACCGUUUUCUCUCUCAA